AUGUCUGCUGCACUUCGUAACGCAUUUACAACUGCUAAAGAACAAAAUCGUCCUGCAUUUGUUACUUUCCUCACUGCUGGUUAUCCCAGUCCUGCAGAGUCUGUAGAGAGCUUAUUAGCCUUGGAAAGAGGUGGCGCCGAUGUCAUUGAAUUGGGUAUUCCCUUUACCGAUCCUAUUGCAGAUGGACCUACUAUUCAAUAUGCCAGUACUAUCGCCCUCAAGCACCAAACCGAUAUCAAAAUGUGCCUUCAAAUGGUGCGUGAUGCCCGUGCUCAAGGAUUAAAGGUACCUGUCGUUUUCAUGGGUUACUACAACCCUAUUCUUGCAUACGGUGAAGACGAGAUGGUACGUGAUUGUAAGGAGGCUGGUGUCAAUGGUUUUAUUUUGGUGGAUUUGCCUCCUGAGGAGUCUCAUGUUUUCCGUGGUGUCUGUUACAAGUAUGGGUUGUCUUAUAUUCCUCUCAUCGCUCCUUCCACCACUGAAGCUCGUAUCAAGUUACUUGCUACGCUUGCCGAUUCAUUCAUCUAUGUCGUCUCUCGUAUGGGUGUCACUGGUGCCAAGGAUACCGUCAGCUCAGAGUUGCCUGCUAUCAUUGCUCGUGUCAAGAAAUAUACCCAAGCUCCCUUGGCCGUCGGUUUUGGUGUCUCCACUCGCGAACACUUUGUCGAAGUAGGUGCUCAUUCUGAAGGUGUCGUUAUUGGUUCUCGUAUCAUUACUGUCAUCAAAGAAGCCAUGGAACAAAAACAAAAGGUAGCUGCUGUUGUGGAAAGAUAUGCUGCUGAAGUUACCGGCCGCACUGAGCCUGUUCAAACCAUUGCUGGCACCGAUGCUCCUCUUGCUGAUAUCGAAGUCAACGAUGCCGCUGGUCGUGGCCCUUUCUCUCCUGAUGAUAUCAAGAACUUUUACCAAAUGGAUCCUCGUUUCGGUACCUUUGGUGGCGCUUAUGUGCCUGAAGCCCUUGUGGACUGUCUCACACAACUUGAAACUUGUUUCAAGGAUGCUAUGGCUGAUCCUGCAUUCAAGGAAGAAUUCGAAUCUUACUACGACUACAUCUCUCGUCCUUCUCAACUUCAGUUUGCUAACCGUUUAACUGAAGAUGCUGGAGGAGCCAAGAUUUGGUUGAAGCGCGAAGAUUUAAAUCACACCGGUUCCCACAAGAUCAACAAUGCAGUAGGUCAAAUUUUGCUUGCCAAGCGUCUGGGUAAGAAGCGUAUUAUUGCUGAAACUGGUGCUGGUCAACACGGUGUCGCUACUGCUACCGUUUGUGCCAAGUUUGGUUUGGAGUGUAUUGUCUAUAUGGGCGAGGAGGAUUGCCGUCGUCAAGCCCUGAACGUGUUCCGUAUGCAAAUGUUGGGUGCUACUGUUGUCCCUGUUCAAACCGGAUCCAGAACCUUGAAGGAUGCUAUCAACGAAGCCAUGCGUGAUUGGGUCGCCAAUGUCUCUACCACUCACUACCUUGUUGGUUCUGCCAUCGGUCCUCAUCCUUUCCCUCAAAUUGUUCGUGAAUUCCAAUCUGUCAUUGGUAAGGAAACUAAGCGUCAAUUGCAAGAAAAGGCUGGUAAGUUGCCUGAUGCUGUUGUUGCUUGUGUUGGUGGUGGUUCCAAUGCUAUUGGUAUGUUCCAUCCCUUUGUCAAUGAUGAGUCUGUCCGCAUCGUGGGUGUUGAAGCUGGCGGUGAUGGUGUAGAUACCGAGAAGCACUCUGCUACUCUUACCAAGGGUACUCCCGGUGUUCUCCACGGUACUCGUACCUAUCUCUUGCAAGAUCCCAAGGGUCAAAUCAUUGAAACUCACUCUGUCAGUGCUGGCUUAGAUUAUCCUGGUGUUGGUCCUGAGCACGCUUACUUGAAGGAUUGUGGUAGAGCUGAAUAUCGUGUCGCUGACGAUGCUCAAUGUUUGCUUGGCUUCAAGAAGUUGACUCAAUUGGAAGGUAUCAUUCCUGCCUUGGAAUCUGCCCACGCUGUCUAUGCUGCUCUUCAGUUAGCAUCUGAACUUCCCAAGGAUAAGGAUAUUGUUAUCUGUCUUUCCGGUAGAGGUGAUAAGGACAUGCACACUGUCACUGAAGUGUUGCCCAAGUUGGGUCCCAAGAUUGGAUGGGAUUUGCGUUUCUAA